GGAUCUAAAACAAAACCCAAGACGAGCUGAAACUAAUAAAAAUAUCUGCAUCGCCAUUUCUUCUUCUUCUUCCUUCAGAUUUGCGCCAUACCUCUCUGCGGAGCAGAUCGCGAUCUGGUUUGUUAUCUUCUCAGGUGGAUUAACUAAUUAAGAAUUGUUUAGGGUAGAAGAUCACCAUGGCUGCUUCAGAAGAGAAUAGUGCAUUGUUUCCAAUUUUCAUCUUGACAAUAAUGGCGUUGCCUUUAGUGCCCUAUACAAUACUUAAGCUAUGCCGAGCAGCAUCCAAAAAAACAAAGACCAUCCAUUGCCAGUGCAUGGAAUGCUCCCGUUCAGGGAAGUACCGCAAAUCAAUAUUUAAAAGGAUCUCAAACUUCUCAACAUGUAGUAAUUUGACCCUAGUGCUGCUCUGGAUUGUCAUGAUAUUUCUGGUUUAUUAUAUUAAAAGCAUGAGUCGUGAGAUUCAAGUGUUUGAGCCAUUCAGUAUACUUGGAUUGGAGGCUGGAGCUUCGGAUUCAGAAAUAAAGAAGGCAUAUAGGAGACUCUCUAUUCAAUACCAUCCUGAUAAAAAUCCAGAUCCAGAGGCUCAUAAGUACUUCGUGGAGUACAUAUCUAAGGCUUAUCAGGCUCUCACUGAUCCAAUAUCUCGUGAAAAUUUUGAGAAAUAUGGUCAUCCAGAUGGAAGACAGGGGUUUCAAAUGGGUAUUGCUCUUCCCCAGUUCCUGUUAGACAUUGAUGGGGCAUCUGGUGGCAUACUUCUACUCUGGAUUGUUGGUGUUUGUAUUUUAUUACCAUUGGUGAUAGCUGUCAUAUAUCUGUCAAGGUCAUCAAAGUAUACUGGAAAUUAUGUCAUGCAUCAAACACUAUCUGUGUAUUACUACCUCAUGAAACCUUCUCUGGCUCCAAGCAAAGUUAUGGAAGUCUUCAUUAAGGCUGCCGAAUAUAUGGAAAUUCCAGUUCGUAGGACUGAUGAUGAACCUCUUCAGAAGCUAUUUAUGUCAGUCAGGAGUGAGUUGAAUCUGGACCUUAAAAACAUUAAGCAGGAGCAAGCUAAGUUUUGGAAGCAGCACCCUGCCAUAGUGAAGACAGAGUUGUUGAUUCAGGCUCAAUUAACUCGUGAAUCCGCAGCCCUGUCUCCUGCUUUGCUUGGUGAUUUCAGAUGUGUGCUAGAACUUGCACCUCGCCUCCUUGAAGAAUUACUGAAGAUGGCAGUUAUACCACGUACUGCUCAAGGGCAUGGAUGGCUGAGACCGGCAACAGGUGUUGUUGAGCUUUCUCAAUGUAUCAUUCAGGCUGUUCCUCUCAGUGCAAGGAAGGCCACUGGUGGAUCCACAGAAGGAAAUGCAUCAUUCUUGCAGUUGCCGCAUUUUAGUGAUUCUGUUAUCAAAAAGAUAGCUCGCAAGAAGGUGAAAACAUUUCAAGAGUUCAGAGAUAUGAAUAUACAGGAUCGUGCUGAACUUCUCACGCAAACUGCUGGGUUCUCUUCUGCUGAAGUUCAAGAUAUUGAGAUGGUAUUGGAAAUGAUGCCUUCAUUAACAGUUGAAGUUACAUGUGAGACUGAGGGUGAAGAGGGUAUACAGGAGGGUGACAUUGUCACUAUUCAAGCUUGGGUAACACUCAAGCGUGGUAAUGGUCUCAUUGGUGCUCUACCCCAUGCCCCCUAUUUCCCAUUUUACAAGGAAGAAAAUUUCUGGUUUCUGCUUGCAGAUGCUGUCUCAAAUAAUGUGUGGUUUUCUCAUAAGAUCAGCUUCAUGGAUGAAGCAGCAGCUAUAACUGCUGCAUCUAAGGCAAUUGGGGAAUCAAAGGAGGGUUCAGGAGCAACCAUUGAGGAUACUAGUGCGGCAGUUAGAAAAGCUGUAGAGAAGGUGCGUGGUGGUGCUAGAUUGGUGAUGAGCAAGUUCCAGGCCCCGGCAGAAGGGAGUUACAAUUUGACGUGUUACUGUUUAUGCGACUCAUGGAUUGGUUGUGACAGGAAGACUAACUUGAAAGUUAAAGUCCUGAAACGAACACGUGCUGGCACUCGGGGUGGUUUAGUAUCAGAUGAAGGACCUCUUGCAGAGGAUGGAAUUGAAGAGGAAGAGGAGAAUGAGGAGGAAGAAUACGAUGACGAUUAUGAGAGUGAAUACAGUGAAGAUGAGGAAGAUGAAAAAGAUACUAAAAAGAAGGGCCCUGCCGCCAAUGGCACCAUUCAUAAGAAUGGUUCAAGCUCAGAUGAGGAGUGAAGCAAACAAGUCCAUUUACUAGAAAGAUAAUCUAUUUUUUAAACUUUUUUCUUAAAACAAAAAAUGUUCACUUGGUUAACAACAUUACAAUCAUUGCAGUGAUAGUCAUCAAUCUGCCCCUUUGUUUUGCAGGGUUACACUGGAACCUGUUAAAGUCUAAUUUUCAAAAUAACUAGCGGGUAAUUCGUUCCACUAUAUGGGAUAUUCAUGUCGAAUAAGUUUAGUAUAAAAGCUUAGACAAUGUACUCGAAAUCUGCCUGCUUGAACUUUUAUGGGGAUCUUGAAUUGC